GCCAGUUAGACCUUAGCCUACCUGCCUUAUGGGGCUGGUCUGGCACAUGGGCCCAGAAGCCUCCCCGGAGUUCAGAGUGUGUAGUGACCAGUGAAAAGCAUGGGUUGAACAAGGAGCCCGUUGGCUGAGGGUAACAUGGUGGCCAACGACGAACCAAAUGAGAAUAAAGACAAGCUGGGAACAGAGUCCUGGCCGCCGGAUGUGUGCGGAUGAAAAAACAGUGAGAUGAGUCAGAAAAUGGCCAAGGAGGGCCCCAGGCUCUCCAAGAACCAGAAGUUCUCGGAGCACUUCAGCAUCCACUGUUGCCCACCCUUCACCUUCCUCAACUCCAAGCGUGAGAUCGUGGACCGCAAGUACAGCAUCUGCAAGAGCGGCUGCUUCUACCAGAAGAAGGAGGAGGAUUGGAUCUGCUGCGCCUGCCAGAAGACCAGCCGCCGCCGUGCCACGUCCCCUCAGAGGCCCAAGCACCAGCCAGCUGCGUCCCCCGUGGUGGUCAGAGCGCCGCCAGCCAAGCCAAAGUCCCCUCCGAGGCCAGCCAAGCCAAGGUCCCCUUCGAGGACUGAGCGCCAGCCGCGUCCCCGCCCAGAGGUCCGACCACCACCAGCCAAGCAGAAGCCCCCUCAGAAGUCCAAGCAACCAGCACGCAGCAGCCCCCUCAGAGGGCCAGGCGCCAGCCGUGGGGGGUCUCCCACCAGAGCUCCUAGGUUCUGGUAACACCAUC